AAAAAAAUGAGAAUUGUCUGAUUCAUAUUUCCUUUUUAUAGAAAAACAUCUAAAUAUGAAUAGUAAAUUGGUAGAAGUACUACAUGAUGAUACACAUGCCAAGAAUACGACAGAAAAACGAUUUGUUCUGAGACGCGUAUCAGGUGGUUCAUCACGCCACAAUGUACGAUCUAAUCAUCAUAGCGAUAAAACAUUACCCAAUGUCAAAAUACAACAACAAUCGAUGGAGACACAACGUUCUUACUCCAACACAUCUCCACUUUUGACACCCAUCCCGGUGAUGCAACUUGAUACAGAAAUGGAAAUGAUCUUACGACGAUUGGAACGCGCAUUGCUCACAUACAAUCGGAAACAAACGGUGACUGAUUCCGUCCCACCUCGUUUACAGUUGGAUCCUCAUCAACCAAAGUUGGCUGUCAUGCGAAACGUGAAUCAAGGCGUGGAUGUGUAUUUGCCACAUGGGAUUUUAAGAAGUAAGCCUUUACCUCCUCAUCAAACGCAAUAUGUCCUGAUGGCCAAUGAUAAGAAACAAUCUGCAUGGGAAUUGGUGACUCAACGUGUUUUGAAUGCAACAACAAAUAAACCUACACAAGGUGAUUUGGUUUCGGAUAUGGAUUUGAAGACUUUGAUUCAAUUUGCUACUCAAUUUUUGGAAUCUGUGGAAAAGGCUGGAUAUAAUAAUAAUAGUAAUAGUUUAUUACCUCCCAAGGAUGAUUUACAACAAAGUGCUAGUCUUUCUAGUCUAGAUGAACUUGAACGUGUAAGUUUAAUUAUUAUCUCCAUGAAAAAAAAAAUUAUGAUCACUCAUCUUUUCUUAUAAAAAAAAAUUAGGAAUUACAACGUAUCAUUGCCUC